UAAUACGUUCGUCAUCCAGAACUCUAGGAGUCGCUGACGGGUUUAAUAUCUCCUUUCAGUAGCGCGUUAUGUGUAAACGAACAGUAGUUCCUGUCUCUGCCUUUGCUGGUUGGGGUGCUUUGUUUUUUGUUACAGUCCGGUUUUCUCAUAAUGGCCGAGGAAGAGGAUGAUCCUGGUUUUGAUGAGGAUUUAGACGACGGAGGUAACGGGGUAGACUCAGGCCAAGGUAAAAGAAAGCGGCUUUUUUCCAAGGAGCUUCGCUGCAUGAUGUAUGGGUUUGGAGACGACCAAAAUCCCUACACCGAAUCAGUGGAUAUCCUGGAGGAUCUGGUGAUCGAGUUCAUCACGGAGAUGACGCACAAGGCGAUGUCUAUAGGGCGCCAGGGUCGCGUGCAGGUGGAGGACAUUGUGUUUCUCAUCCGCAAGGACCCUAGAAAGUUUGCGAGAGUGAAGGACCUGCUCACUAUGAACGAGGAGCUGAAGAAGGCUCGCAAAGCCUUUGACGAGGCAAAUUAUGGGUCUUGAAAUAGGCCAUCUGUUGCUAUGGUGUUCAUGCAGUCCACGUGAAGAAAGGUUGUUUAUUGUUGCCUUUAAUAGAGUUUUAGCUACUUGUUGUAAACCCUAGCCCACUCUCUUACAGCUCUGUAUUGUUGUUUUUUUCAGUUAGUUGACAGCUCACAGUUAAUUUGAAUGGUCAUUUCUAUUAUUAUUAUAGUUUUUUUUUUUUUUUUUUUUCAGUUGUACAAUAAAAAUACAUGGUUAAAAUUUUCAUGUUAUUGUUUAUUAUUUUGAAAAGCAUUUCCAUACACCUUAUAAAUUUGAAGAAACAUGGCUGUUGACAUGUACAACAACCUUAGUAUAAUAUCAUUAAUAACAAUUUAGCAUAUAAACUAUAUAACAAUCAUUUUUAAAACUCUUAAAUGUUUUGUAUCCAGGGAGAUACUUUUUUAAGUAUUAUAUCAUGCAGUGAGAAGACCAUAUUUUUUACAUUGUACCUUUAUUUUAUUUUUUUUGUAUUUAUUUUUAUAAAAUAUUUUGAAGAAAAAAAUAUGCAUUUAUCACAGUGUUGUUGCAAAUUUAAGGGUUAAUGUAAGUGUAAAAUGAAUUGCUUUGGUAAAUAUUGCCUGAUAUAAUUCUUCACAAUUACACACACACACACACAACAUAGACACAUUUGCAUUAGUCAGUAAUGUAACUGUAACUUAUGCAUGGGACAUCUUGAGAUUUUUGCUUUGGAUGUUUGUACACUUGGAGUGGGAGGCUGACUUUUUCAGGCAUUCUUUCUAUAACUUAGACAUACAUGGUUAAAUCACAUAAAGACAUGUUGAUAACGAGCAAGAUUAUUAUUAUACUCUGUAUUCUUUCAACAUUUAGCGUUUUGUUCCCCAAUGUGUUAUCUCACAAAGACGAGGGAUGUGUAAUUUACCUUCUUUCAGUCAUCAGCUAUAUUUGCAUUAUUAGUGUGCAACCUUUUAAUUUGCAAAUAAUACUCAGCAGUCAUUGACCAGAUAAACAAGACACAAUUUACUGAUUUACAAACUUUCAGCACACAAAGAACGUCAUGUUGAAAAUCUAAAUGUGCCAUAGAGAAGGAGAGCUAUUCCUACAGCAUGUCUAAUAAAACUGAAUGCCAUAUUGGCAUAAGUGAAAUAUCACUGUGAUAUUUGUAAAAGUUUGUGGUUUGGGUUUUGCUGCUACAUAAACAGUACUAGUUAUAGUCUUUGGUAUAUACAAAAAUUGUCAACUAAUUGGCGUCAGAGACUCUGGAGAAAAAAAAAAGAAUGUUUAAUUGAUAAACUCCUCAAAACAAACCAUACAAAUCAAAAUGUCAGACCAACUAAACAACAUGUUUUUUAUUUUUUAUUCUGAUUUCAAGCGUUCGUUCUUAAAUACAGUGAAGUGGUUGUUGUGGUUUGGCAUUGGUCUAUGCAGCGGUAACAAGCUGCUGAUCUAGAUUAAAUCUAGACUAAACACCCACAAACAUGGGGUCUACCAUGGCAUGUGUUUCUAGAGAACUUAAGCGCCAUCGUAACAUGAUGAACCUGUGAACCACGCCACAGCUUGGCUCCAUGGGUCUUGCAUGAGGGGAGCCCAACCUUGGCCAACCCCACACAGGUGUUUAUCUGUCUGUCUGCUGAAGAGGUGAGAUGGAGGCAGAAAGAGGACGAAA